CAGUCAUCUCUCUAAGCACUCUCUUGCCACAAACCGAGCAGUGAAGAAGCUCUGUUCUUUACGUGAGGUUGCUCAUGCAGCUACGUUCUUCAAGUGUACCCAAGAGCCUGAUGUUUUUCUGUGCAAUACUAUUAUGAGAACUUAUGUCCACAUGUAUGAUGCGUGCAGUGCUAUGAGAUUUUAUUAUGACGAAAUGGGGGGGAAUGAUGUUGCACCAAAUCACUAUAAGUUUCCCAUUGUUGUGAAAGGUUUUGUGGUGAUUGGAUCAUCGUCCGAUGGAGAGAAGGUUCAUGGCAGGGUGUUAAAACUUGGGUUCGAGUCGGAUUUAUUCGUGAGGAAUGCGUUGAUUCCCAUGUAUUCGGUUUUUUGAAAAGCCAGGAGUGCGCGCUCGGUGUUUGAUGCAGGGCCUGUGUUGGAUUUGGUUAGCUGGAAUUCCAUGAUUGAUGGUCAUGUGAAGAAUGGGGAAGUGGAUGUUGCUCGCGAGCUUUUCGAUGAAAUGACUGAAAGGACGUCUUCAGUUGGAACUCGAUGAUUGCAGGUGGUGUUGCGCGAGGGGACAUGAGCAAGGCACGACGGUUGUUUAGUAGAACGCUGUUUAGGGACAUCGUGUCGUGGAAUUGUAUGAUUGAUGGGUGUACAAGGAUUGGAAACGUGUCAAAGGCUCACAGCUUUUUGAUUCAACACCUUUUCAGAAUGUGGUUUCGUGGAAUACCUUGUUGGCUCUCUACGUACGUGUUAAAGCUUAUACAGAGUUUUGAGUUUGUUUGAUAGAAUGCUACAAGAGGAAGAGAUUGAACCCAAUAGGGCUACUAUUGUGAGUGCUUUAAUUUCGUGUGCCAAUACAGGGGACCUCAAUAAAGGCCACUUAAUAUAUGCUUACAUGAAGGAUAAUGAAAUUGAAGCUGACGUGCUGCUUUCAACUGCGCUAUUGACAAUGUAUGCAAAAUGUGGCACUAUGAAUUUAGCCAAGAAAGUGUUUGAUCAGAUGCCUGAUAGAAGUGUUGUCUCGGGGAAUGCUAUGAUCGUGGGGUAUGGAUUACAUGGGCAUGGCGAGAAAGCCCUGGAAAUGUUCUUGAGAGAUGGAGAAGAGAGGUCCAAUGCCAAAUGAUGCUACCUUUGUCAGGAUAUUAUCUGCCUACACACAUUCCGGAAUGGUUUUGGAAGGUCGGUGGUGUUUCAACCUGAUGUCUCGGGUUUACAAUAUCCAACCUAAGGUGGAGCACUAUGGUUGCAUGGUCGAUCUUCUUGCUCGGGCUGGGCUGGUGAAGGAUUCAGGAGAGUUGUUUAAAGAAGUGCCUACAGAGGCAGGAUCUUCACAGCUCUGCUUUUUGCCUGUAGGACCCAUUCUCACAUCGAACUAAGAGAGAUGGUGGCCAAGCAUUUGAUCGAGUUGGAACCAACAAAUGUUGGGCCCUAUGUGCUAUUGUCAAAACAUGUAUGCUGCUGAAGGUAGUUGGGAUGCCGUCAAGAAUGUCAAGAUGAUGAUGAAGGCAAAGGGUUUGCAAAAGGUAGGCGGGUCCAGCCUCAUUCAACCUGGAGGCGUUGAAUCUGCAAAGUCCACAAACGAUGGCUUGCCCCAUCAGAGAAGAUUGAAGGUGAAGACAUUCUGCAAAGAAUAUAUAUGUAUGCCUGUUCGGCACUUCUCCAAGUUAAAGGAAAAUCGCAGUAUGCAAAUUCAUGAGUGCGCCCAUCUUCAAGUUAUUGAGAAUUGUUGCUGGAACACUACUUUGGAUGGAAGAUACUGCGGGAACUCUUUACAGGUUGAGUUAAUUCUACAAGCAUCAAUCGAUGAAAUUAAAAUUUCAGAGCAGUAGUUGGACGGCAAUAUACAUCAAGCAAUCAUCUCUUAAGUUGAAAGGUAAUAAGCUCAUUGAUUAAUUUGCCUUGAAGAUGUUUUAGCUGUCGAUAUAUUUAUGUUGAACAUUUAGCUGGUCUCCUCUCCUCCAGGCUCUAAAUUGAUUGCUUAGUUGGACAAAAAAGCAAAGAAUAUAGGGUUUAAACGGACAAAAAGAGUUCAGGGGCCCGACUGAACUUUUGUAAAAAUUCAGAGACAAUUUAUGCAUAUAUCUCUUUUCUGUUUUGGAAAAUUUUUGUAAUGGAACGAAAUGAAGACUUUUUGUUCGA